AUGGUGGACGAUAUUAGGAACAACGAGGACAAACAAAUCGGUUCGGCAAGCGGUCUGCAAACACCCUCGGCCAAGAAAGGGAAGACCAAGGACCAAAAGCAGGAGGAAGAACUAUCUGAGGAUGACUUAAGGCUGAAGGCAGACCUGGAGACACUUGUACAGAGGCUAUUGGAGUCAGACGCGUCGCUCUGCGAACAGAGCCUGGCGCAGCUGAAGGAGUUUAUCAAGAACUCGACCAGUUCUAUGACGGCCGUUCCCGCGCCACUCAAGUUUCUGCGCCCUUCAUACCCGGACCUGUGUGCAGUGUACGACAAGUGGGUGGAUCCGAAGCUGAAGUCGCUGCUUGCCGACGUGCUGUCCGUGUUGAGCAUGACGUACUCGGAUGAGGGCAAGCAUGACUCUCUGCGGUUCCGUCUGCUAUCGAACGAGAAGGACAUCGAGAGCUGGGGGCACGAGUACAUCCGCCACUUGGCGCUGGAGGUGGGCGAUGUCUACAACGAGCAGGUUGAGAACGAGUCGGAUGAAACAUACGACCAAGAAUCAAAGCGUGCUAUCUCUGACGCAGAGUUCCCAAAGGAUGUUCUAGUUCAGCUGGCGUUAGAUAUUGUGCCCUACUUCUUGAAGCACAAUGGCGAGGCCGAUGCUGUUGAUUUGCUCCUUGAAGUUGAAUCUAUCGAUAAGUUACCACAGUUCAUUGACGAGAAUACCUUCCAGCGGGUCUGCCAGUAUAUGGUAUCGUGUGUCCCACUGUUACCUCCCCCAGAGGAUGUUACCUUCUUGCAGACGGCAUUUUCUUUGUAUCUAUCAGAGAACCAGCUUACUGAGGCGCUGGCCCUCGCAAUCAGACUAGGCGAGGAAUCUCUCAUUCGCUCCGUCUUUGACGCGACCACUGAUCCAGUCAUGCACAAGCAACUAGCUUAUAUUUUGGCGGCUCAAAAGUCAUCUUUUGAGUAUUCAGCGGUUCAAGAUAUCAUCGGAAGUACGAAGUUGAGCGAGCACUUUUUGUACCUGGCCAAGGAGCUAAACUUGACUGUUCCCAAGUUUCCGGAGGAUAUAUACAAAAGUCACUUGGACAACUCGGUCAGAAGUGCGUUUGCAAGCUCUGGGCUAGACUCUGCUCAGCAGAACCUGGCUGCCUCAUUUGUGAACGGGUGGCUAAACCUAGGUUACUGUGCGGAUAAAAUGUGCCUCGACGACGAUAACUGGGUGUACAAAACCAAGGGCGAUGGUAUGACGUCUACCGUGGCAAGCAUUGGCUCUAUUUACCAGUGGAAUCUGGAUGGGCUCCAGCAUUUAGACAAGUACUUGUAUGCGGAUGAUGUUGAAGUGAAAGCCGGCGCGCUGCUAGGUAUUGGUGUAUCUGCAUGCGGGGUUCAUGACGGAGACGUUGAACCAGCCUUGCUGUUAUUACAAGAUUAUGUCACCAACCCAAAUGCUAAAUUGAGCAGCGCUGCAAUUUUGGGCUUGGGUAUUGCAUUUGCAGGAAGCAGAAAUGAUGAGCUUCUAAGUUUGUUGCUGCCGAUAGCCGCUGAUACGUCGUUGUCGAUUGAGACUUCUGCUAUGGCGUCGUUGGCCUUGGCGCACGCCUUUGUUGGAACAUGUAAUGGUGAUAUUACCACCUCUAUCAUGGACAAUCUUCUAGAAAGGUCUUCAAUUGAAUUGAAAACUGAGUGGACUAGGUUUUUGACAUUGGCUCUCGGUAUACUAUACAUGGGACAGGGUGAUCAAGUUGAGGAUGUGCUAGAGACCAUAUCUGCCAUAGAACACCCAAUCACUUCGGCUAUUGAGGUUUUGGUAAACGUCUGCGCAUACACUGGCACAGGGGACGUUCUGUUAAUCCAAGACCUGUUGUAUCGUCUAACUCCGAAGAAGGAGGAAGAGGAGGAGGACGAUGACGAGAAUGAAGACGGUGAAAACGAUGAGGACGGAGAUGAUGCUGAAGGCGAAAGAGAUGGCAGCGGUCAAAAUAUACCCGAGGACAUUGAUUCCCUUGUUCAGGAAGUCAUGAAUACCGCUAGCACCACCGAAGACUCAGCAAUUUCUAACGAAGAGUCGACAUCAACUUCAAAAAAGGCAGAUGAGGAUAAAAUGGAUGUGGACAACUCCAAGGAAGAAGAUGCUAAAAAUGGCGACCAAGGAAAGCACGAGUCCAAGGAUGAUGAAAGUAGUGAAAAGUCCAUGGCACACAUUGACGAACUAACUUACUCUGUCCUUGGUAUUGCUAUGGUUGCAAUGGGCGAAGAUAUUGGCAAGGAGAUGUCUCUCCGUCAUUUUGGCCAUUUGAUGCACUAUGGUAACCAGCAUAUCCGUCGUGUCGUUCCGCUAGCUAUGGGGUUAGUUAGCGUUUCAGACCCGCAGAUGAAGGUGUUCGACACGCUAUCACGGUUUUCCCAUGACCCUGACUUAGACGUUUCGAUUAACUCCAUUUUUGCAAUGGGCUUGUGCGGAUGCGGUACUAAUAAUGCGAGAUUGGCUCAACUGCUGAGACAACUAGCCAGCUACUACUCUAAAGAACAAAACACUUUGUUUGUGACUAGACUGGCACAAGGUCUUGUACACCUAGGGAAAGGUACAAUGACUUUAGACGUCUUCAAUGAUGCCCAGGUUCUCAACAAGGUAACGUUGGCAUCCCUUUUGACAGUUUUGAUUGGUUUAACGAGCCCAACGUUUAUGCUAAAACAUCACCAGUUGUUUUACUACCUAAACAGUGGUAUCAGACCAAAGUUCAUUCUAACUCUAAACGAGGAGGGAGAACCUAUAAAGGUAAAUGUGCGGGUCGGCCAAGCCGUCGAUACAGUCGGUCAGGCCGGUAAGCCAAAGACCAUUACCGGUUGGAUUACCCAGUCUACUCCCGUUUUACUAAACCAUGGCGAGCGGGCCGAACUUGAGACAAACGAAUAUAUCAGCUAUGCUAGUAGAAUUGAGGGUGUGGUGAUCCUGAAGAAGAACCCCAACUACAAGGAGGAGGAGUAG